GUGCCCGAGAACGAGCACAAACACACAGGCGCGCGCCAGGGUGAGGUCCGUGCGCCGAGACAGAGAGGCGGCUCGUUUGGACGCGGGAAUCGAACCUGCGGAAUGUGACUUCUUGACGACGAGAAGAAGAAGAAGAAGAGGAAGGAGAGGACCAGGUUGUUUCUUCCGAGCCCGUCUUCCCUGUGAGGUUUGAGAGCGCCCACCAAAGAGCUGGAGCCGCGACGCUCAAGCAUGGAUGUGCCCAGGAUGGCCGAGGGCCUCUUCAGCAGCACGCUGUCGACGUCGGGCGGCGGCCAUCACGCGGCAUCCUACCUGACGCUGGAGCAGAAGGCGGCAUUCGUCUUCGUGCUGCUGCUCUUCAUCUUCUUGGCCCUCCUCAUCGUGCGCUGCUUCCGCAUCCUGCUGGACCCGUACCGCAGCAUGCCCUCGUCUAAUUGGACCGACCACACCGAGAAGGACACCUUCGACUACCGCAUCGUCUGAGCUCUGGCCCCGCCUCCUCAAGAUCACAAUGGCUGCUCAGUCACCGGGAGAAUGGCUGCCAGACCUCCUCCGCCCCUCCCCCCGCCACUAGUGGACUACCUCGUUCCUCCGUGUUGUGUGUGGAACGUCUCAACAGGGUCCAAAUGUUUUUUCUUGACUUUGCAAAACGAGUUUACAAGCGAGCGUCUUUAUUAGAGUUAGACAAUCAGUGUUGUCCCGCAUAGUCGACCUCCUCCAAGGCCUCUCACGCCUUCUUCUUCGUCUUCUUGACACCGUUACAAGACCUCCCUUUAACGUGAAGUUAGGACAGACGAAUGGUGGCGGUGUCACGUGACCUUCCAGCCUUGAGUUUCCUGUGCUGUACCGUGUGCCUCAUAGAUGUUCUUCUUACAGCGUCACUGCCCGCAGUCUCCUCUCAUCCGACCCUUUAGCAACUGACGCCGUGACUCUUGUCAGCCUUAUAGUGUAGAUUGUUUACAGUCUUCUUGGCCUUCCUGGUGAUGUCAUUCAAAGAGAGACAUUCCCCGCCUCCUCUUCCUCCUCCUCCUGGGAAUCUUUUUGGCGACAUGUGACAUGUUCUCGUGAUGCUGUGGCCUUUCCCCCCUUCCCCCCCAAAAAAAACAGUCGCACAAGUUUCUCUCUGGCUUUGUGGUGUGCAUGUAGCUGGCAGACGUGCAUGGUAGACGUGACGUGCGCGCUUCCUGAUGUGUCCUGUCUGUGCCGGAGGCUUCGCUUUC